CAAAGUUCUAUUAUUUAGGAAAACGAAGAAAAUUUCACUUCGUUUUUUCUUUGAAGGAUUUAAGACGAACACGAAAGCGACUAGGACGCAGGGCGGAAAUCACCACUGCAGAUAUAUAGCAAUCACAAUUGGUGCCGUUCAAGUAGGAAAGUAAUUUUUUGAAGAGCGAAGAAUUUUCUGGAUCGGGUCGUACCAGGACGCAAUUGCGAAUUCAAGUUCAUUUCAAACCUAAGUUGCCCACGCAUUUGAUCUGCUAAAAUUGGAUAGUUAGGUUUCGAGUUAUGAAUUUGUACCAUUUGUUGAAACGCUAGGACAUUCAAUCUUUUUCCCUUGUGCAUUUUGUGGCUUUGGGGUUGCUAAGUGUGCUCGUAUGUGAUGCAGAGGAGUUUGGAAGCAGGAAAGGGAUUAUGUCGAUAGAUUUGAUUUUGAAACCUUCGUGUGGCGGCUGUGGAUCGACAGUAGAGCUUUAUGGCAGCACCUGUAAGCACCUCACGCUUUGCGUGAAUUGUGGCAAAACUAUGGCGGAGAAUCGUGUGAAGUGCUACGAGUGCGGCACCAUCAUAACUCGCCUGAUAAGGGAAUAUAAUGUUCGGGCGUGUUCCAGUAGCGACAAAAAUUAUUUUAUUGCAAGAUUUGCCUCAGGAUUGCCGAACUUUAAGAAGAAAAAUGAAAAUAAAUGGUCGAUGCAAAAAGAAGGUCUGCAGGGGCGCCAAGUUACUGAUACCUUGAGGGAGAAGUACAAGAAUAAACCUUGGCUGCUCGAAGACGAAACGGGCCAGUUUCAAUAUCAUGGGCCACUGGAGGGUUCACAAUCAGCGACAUAUUACCUUUUAAUGCUUCAAGGGAAGGAAUUUGUUGCUAUUCCUGCUGGUUCCUGGUACAAUUUUAAUAAAGUGGCACAAUAUAAGCAACUGACUUUGGAGGAAGCAGAAGAAAAGAUGAAGAAUAGAAGGAAAACUGCUGAUGGUUAUGAGAGGUGGAUGAUGAAGGCAGCAAACAACGGACCUGCAGCCUUUGGUGAAGUUGAAAAGUUAGAUGAUAGGGAAAGUGCAGCUGGUGGCGGGAGGGGACGUAAAAAGACCACUGGGGAUGAUGAUGAGGCCAAUCUUUCAGAUAAGGGUGAUGAGGAUGAAGAAGAAGAGGCAGCAAGAAAGAGUAGACUAAGUCUCAAUAAGAAACGUGGGGAUGAUGAUGAAGAAGGUCCUAGAGGCGGUGAUCUUGACUUUGAUGAUGAUGAUAUUGAGAAGGGCGAUGAUUGGGAACAUGAAGAAAUCUUUACUGAUGAUGAUGAAGCAGUUGGAAACGAUCCUGAGGAACGGGAAGAUUUGGCCCCUGAAAUUCCUGCACCUCCAGAAAUUAAGCAGGAUGAUGAGGAUGAAGAUGAAGGUGAAGAAGAAGAGGGAGGGUUGAGCAAAUCUGGAAAAGAGUUGAAGAAAUUGCUUGGGCGAGCUAAUGGGCUAAAUGAUUCAGAUGCUGAGGAUGACGACGACGAUGAUGAUACGGAAGACGAUAUCUCUCCUGUUCUUGCCCCAAAGAAGGAAACACCUAAAGAAGAGCCAGUUGAUAACACCAGUCCCCUUAAAUCAACUACUUCUGCUGCUGGUCGUGGAACACCAUCUACGUCAAAGUCCUCUAAGGGCAAAAGAAAAAGUAACGGCGAGGAAUCAAAGACAACUAAUAAUGCACCUACAAAGAAAGUGAAAACAGAACAAGAUGUAAAGCCUGUCAAAGAAGAGCCUACUUCUACAAAAGGCAGUGUACCUACUAAAGGCGUAUCACCACAAACAUCAUCAAAAAGUGGGUCAGCACCAUCUACUGGGCCAGUCUCUGAAGAGGAAAUCAGGGUUGUGCUUAUGCAGAAGAAACCAGUAACAACACAGGAUCUCGUAGCCAAAUUCAAAUCUCGACUGAAAUUGAAAGAGUGGAGUGGGUCUAAGUCCGACCUCAUUGUUGGCAUUGGGAAAGGACAAGGAUGCCUUUGCAGCUAUAUUAAGAAGGAUAUCAAAGAUUCAGAAGACAAAUGGGGCCAACUAUGUUGUCCUCAGAGAGAGAUAGUUGGUUCAUCUUUGACUAGUGUAACUUAAACUACACUUGCUUUAAUGUAACUCUUUCAAUAUCAUGUCUCGACCUGGAAAUGAUUUGUACUAUUUGUGCAUUUUAAACACUGCCAACUUGAUUUAACUGUGCAUGACAUCUGAACUGCAGUCCUCUAGCAAUGAUGAGGGAAAUACUUGAAAGAGUUCAAAUGCAAUUUACAAUUGCAAUAAUGUGCAGUACAUGGUAGUUUUCUUUCGGAGAAAAGGACUGCACUUGUUCUCAUAAUUUGAAAUGUGAAUGACAAUAGACUUAUAAGCUCUACAUUGCCAAUGCAUCUGCUGUGCUUGCAUUGAUUCAUUUUAAC